UCUUUAACAAUAAACUUCAUUUGAUCACUUUUGCCAUGAAUACCUACAAAUCGUACGGUGAUCGUGCUAAGCAGCAUCCUAAUGCCUGUGCACGUGCUUUACUUGAAUUAAUGGAGCGCAAACAAACUAACCUUUCAGUUGCUGUUGAUGUCACAAAAAAAGAUGAAUUACUCUCUAUUGCUGAUGCUGUGGGUCCUUAUGUUUGUGUCUUAAAGACACAUAUCGAUAUUGUUGAGGAUUUUGACAGCGAUCUCGUUGAGCAAUUACAACUGUUAUCCAAGAAGCACGAUUUUAUGAUUUUUGAAGAUCGCAAGUUUGCAGAUAUCGGUAACACUGUGAAGCAUCAAUAUGCUAACGGUAUCUACAAAAUUGCUUCUUGGUCCCACAUUACCAAUGCCCAUACUGUACCAGGGGAAGGCAUUAUCAAGGGCCUUGCCGAGGUCGGUCUUCCUCUUGGUCGGGGUUUAUUACUUUUAGCAGAAAUGUCUUCUAAAGGUGCCCUCACAAAGGGUAGUUAUACUACAGAGUCCGUAGAGAUGGCACGACGCAACAAAGACUUUGUGUUUGGCUUCAUCGCUCAACAUAAAAUGAACGAGUCGGAUGACGAGGACUUUAUUGUUAUGUCACCUGGUGUGGGUUUGGAUGUCAAAGGAGAUGGUUUGGGUCAACAAUAUAGAACACCACAUGAAGUCAUUGUUGAAAGUGGAGGUGAUAUCAUCAUUGUUGGACGUGGUAUCUAUGGUAACCCUGAUAAAGUCGAAGAGCAAGCAAAACGCUAUCGUCAGGCAGGUUGGGAUGCCUACCUUGAAAGAGUUCGUCUUCAUCAAAAAUAAAAGUUAAUAAAGAAAAUUGCCCAGCUAUGAAUCACAAUAUUCAUUUGACCUUGAGAAAGAAAUUGUAAUAAUAGAAACAAUUAUUUAUUUUUAAUUUAAAU